UCAACCUGGAUCCCAGCUUUUAUUAGUUCUUCGGCGCUCGGCGAAGAAUGAUGCGUGCCGGAGUAAUAGUAAUCAGUGUGCGUUCAGAUUCGGCAUUAUCUAACUACGUUAAUCAAUACGAACAAAUCGUACGCAUAAUAUCUAAACGAUUCAUUUAGUGAACGAGGAUUAUAUUUGGUGAAUAUAUUAUUAAUUGAUGGUAUCCUACAAUAUAAAUUUAUAUAUCGUGUAUGUACAUCGAAUAACUUUCAUUGAAAACAUAUCAUGUGUAAUCAUAAUUUUUAAAAUUUCGUGAGAGUGAUUUCAAAUAAGGGAAACGUUAAAAGUUUGAAGUGUAUAUUGUAUUAAAAUUUCGAUACAAUAAGAAUAAAUGUGUAAUCUUCAUAUCACUGCUUUAUAUAUAUAUAUAAAUAAAAGGAAGAAACAAGAUAACUAUCGAAUAAUUGAUAAUCGAUAAUAAUUUGUUACAUCAUAUUAAAUUAGAAUCAGAUGCAAGAUAUUCGUCAUCAGUCUCAAGGACAAAACAUCUGGCUAUCUCUGGUGGCAGUGACAGUUGUCGGUGAUCGGGUCUAAGAGGGAAGGAGAGGGGAGAUAGAGAGUAUAGAAAGAAAAGAAAGGUGACAGCAUUUAAAGGCCAGGGUAUUAAGGCACACUUGUGUGCGAGGGUUUCGAGGUAAGAGAGAAAAAAAGAAAAAAUACAACGAAAAAGAGAGUGAGAGAGAAAAAAGAAAAACUGGUUGGUGUCCGACUCUAUGUUAUGAUUGGGAGUGAAAAGACGGGAAGAUGCUCGAGGUUCAACAAACGGAGUUUUUAAGAGAGGGAGAAGCCUGCAACCCUCCUGUCGACUUACUACAUCCUGAUUCGACCGGAACUUCCGUUUCCGAGCGGAAGUCCGCUGAAAGAAGCGUCUCCUUCAAUCGAGACGUCCACGUCAAGAGGAUCGGACGUGGAGCAUCCCGCGUGACCGCGGCUCUGGUAGGAGAUGGCGAAGGCAAGUUGAUCGCCACCCCGAUCCAUAAGGAGAGCAUAGCAUUGAGGAGUAAGGAGGAUCUAGCCCAGGAGGCGGCGCUGGUACUUCAACAAGCGGGCAGCCUUCAUUGCGUUGCCCACGACAACAGACGAUUGCCAGGUCGUUUCAGCACGUUGCCAGUGCGUCGUAAUAAAAAAAGGCCGGAACUACCGCUCGAUAUAAGACGAAAAAGCGAAGAAAUAAUCACGAACAAUACAGAUCUUAUCGAUACACCAAAGAUAAAGAAGAAAGCAUUAGAGAGAAGUAUCAGCGAUGCAAAUACGAAAAAGUUAAGAAGUCCAUUGGCCAAAUUUUUCUCUCCGAAGUUAGAAAGGAAACAUAAGCCGAUUAGUCGUAGUGUCAGUGACGCGGCCAACUUACGAUCUCAUCGCAAAAGAAGCGGUAGCGAGAGUGAAGGAUCGCAUUUGGAGAGUAAUCGAGUGAAAAAGCAAUUAUCCCCUAUUAUCGAAGCAUCGCCUCACAUUGAUCAACAACCUUUUCAUUUCGGUUUAAAGAUUGAAAACGAAAAUAGACCGGAACCAAAGAAGUGGAAACAAGAGGAAAUCACCGAUAUCGAAAAGGUGACGGAACAUACAAAAACACUGACAUCGAGAGAAAAGAUCAAAGACAAAGACGUGAAUAUCGGAAAGCCACUAAUAUCGUCGAAAAGAGAAAAUAAGGCAAUUAUAAGACAUAUACCUAUCCAAUUGGAAGUGGAUGAUAAGAAAAGUAAAGAAGAGAGAGAACAAAAGGAAGAAGAAAAGACAAUUGCUGGCCCGAUACUUUUACCAAUCAUAAAAAACACUGGAUUCGACGAAGUAGAUAAAAUCGAUACGAAUAGCAUGCUGCACAGCAGCCGAUACGAUCUUCAACAAAGAUCUAUUGAAGAAUCAACCAUACAUAAGAUGAUUCAUCGAUUAUCCAACGAUCGGUCACCACCACCGCAAUUGACCAAAACAAUGAUCUCAUCUGGUCCAGGAUUCGGUCAUAAUAACAAUCGACCAUUCUCUUAUACUAAACCGAAUGAAUGUUGUGAUACGCCAUCUCCGCAAACUAAUGUGAUUUAUGCUCAAGUGCAGACCGAAAAGAAAAAGGCGCAAAGAAGUCAUUCGGAUAGCGACGAGGGGCUUGGCCUUGAAAGGAAAGAUUCGUCGCGUGAAAAUAGUCCAGCGGAGAAAGAAUAUUGUAGAUUGGAUUUCUCUUAUAAUAAUGAACUACGAUGCAAUAAUGAAAUCAAUAUGUUUAAAUCUAGAUACGAAGAAGAUAGAAAAAAUGAUGAUACUCAUUUCAGUAAAAAUCGUUACGUUGGAACAGAAGAUUAUGCAAGUAGAAACAUGGAUACUAAACAAUGCCACGAAUUAAACGAUAUCGACAGACGUUUAUAUGACAAACCUGAAAAAUAUACAUCCACAGUAUUCGUAGAUACUUCCGGUCGUGGUAGAGCCGAUGGUACAGAUGCUAGACAACGAGAUGAUAACGAAUUUUCUACUAGACAAAUUCCGAACGGAAUAUCGAAUAAGACAUCCGAAUUAAGCGCGAGACGUGAUCUUCUUGAAUCUAGAAUCAAAUCGAGACUGCUUGCGGAUGAAAUGUUCGCCGCGAAGAAUAGCAUGAACACGCUGAAGAAAUCUGAGCAUGAGAUUAUUGACAAACCGAUCGUUCCAUCUCCAAUCACUCCUAAUCGCGUUGCCUCGCCUAAACGUUACAUGGAUACGUACAUCACAGAAACACGCACCAACAGCAAUGGAGAAAAAUAUAUUUUUGAAAAGGAAAUCCACGAAAAUAAUGGUAAAGUGUACGGAUAUGAAAAAAAGAUUACCAAUAAAAUUCCAUCGGAUAGAUAUAUCGACACCAAACCGCGAGAUGGAUAUACAGUCGAAACGAGAACGGAUAAAUAUGGAGAUAGAUAUAUCGUUGAAACGCGAACGCACGAGGGUUAUGCGGACGAUUUCAAACCAUUUCUUAGUAACAGGAAUAGAACCAGUCCAGAAGAUCGGUACCAGCCAUCUAGAAACUUAAUUAGUCCCUAUAAGUUAUCUAAUUUGCGACCUGAAGAGACCACCGUUACUCAUCAUUUUCGAACCGAAUCCAGGGAAAACAAUUUUCUUUCUUCGCCUAUAAUCGCAAAGAAAUUCACGACAGAAAGAAAAUUCUCUAAAAGCAAUGAUUUUUUGGAUAGAGACAUUCGAUCGAGAGAUGAGUAUCUCCCUAAGAAGAAGAAUUUUGAGUCAAUCCGUGGUAUGAGCAAAUCCACGCAACGUUUGGAUGAAGUAGGUGAAAAUUCGCCUAUCAAAACUCUAAAAAAUGAAUAUAUGACUAGGUCGCACGAGAAUUUAACUAGUCAUGCAGAUUAUAUAAACACUAAAGAUAUGCGUCGACCUCUUUUAGAUAGUCCCAUUAUAAACGGGCGGAGAGAACAAUCACCGUUUACGAAAAGACACUUGGAUAGCUUACGCGAGGGGCCAAACGAUGAUUACGAUACCGAUAUAUCUCAAAUGACGAGUAGCCAAUUAGAAUCAAAAUACUAUAAAGAAACACGCACUACUCAACGAUAUACGAAUAACAAACACCCGAUUCACGAUGAUUACGAUAGUUCUCCGUCGAGAAUAUGUACAGAUCGUGGAGGUUACAAUUCAAACAGAUACGAUUCCGAUACUACGGCCAGGGAUUCGAUCCAUUGCGAAACUCGAUACGACGAAAUUUCACGAACAUUGAGAAAGGAACAUCGAAAAUUGGACGAAGAUUCAAAGAAACGGAGAUCUCGCAAUCAAUUGGAUUAUUUCGACGAUUCGGAUGCCAAAGAAAGUCUACGCGUGAAAACGACUAUUGGACGAUUAAAACCAUUUGACGAAAGUCCAACAAGACCUCCGAGAACUUAUCACGAUAAUGGCAAGUUGAAACACACCAAACAAGAUAUCAGAACUCAUACUGAACACAGACAUCGCGAAACUCGGCUCAAUGAUUCUGAUCGGAAGGAUCGUUUGGCCGAUUCCGGAAUCGAAAAUGAUUACAGGCGUGACUCGCAAGAAGUCGAUCGAAGGGAACAAAUCGAAUCGGAAGACGAAAGUUUUGUUACGAGACAAUUUAUCAAACAUGAGAAACGGCAUACUGAUCGUAAUAUGAAUUUAACACUUCCCGAGCAACGAAAAUACGAUAAAUAUUCGAACGAUAUGUUAAAAUCAUCGUCGAUCAUCACGAAACCACCGUCAGGCGCGGAUAAAAAAUAUGAGAAAAAGGCAGCAAAGAAGAACGGUACGAUGAGCAAGGUAAAGCAGUUAUUUAGUAAAAAGGAGAAAAAAACAAAGGAAGAGAAAAAUAAGAAAAAUGUAAAAAGCAGUAGUGGAGUCGUCCUUACAGACGACGAAGUGACGAUCAGAUAUAAAGAAUAUCGAGGUGAUCAACUGAGAAGCGCGAAAAGUACGCGAGACUUGAGCAGUGACAUCAAUCAGGUAGGAAAGAUUUUUAAAUUUUAAUAUUUUUAUCACAAUUGGGAUUUAAAUUUUUAUGAAAGUAUUGUAAUAAGAAAUCAUUAAAGAUAUUUUAAUUUGAAAAUAAAAUUUCAGAUUUCUUGUUAUAUUUAUGUGAGAUCUUUAGAAAUCAGAAGUAUCUGAUAAUUAGGAUCUCGUAUUGCUCUCGAGCGUUUACAUUAUAU